GCCGCGGUACCCCUACGGGAGAAAAAUCCUGAACGUGUCAAUUGGCCGAAGAGCGGCUGAUCGCUGGAUUCCCGCUCGGAACCAAAGUUUUUGAUAACCGGAAGUGCAGGAGCGGGGCCGGAGCGUUGCGGAGACGGACCAACCUUUCACCCGGAAGUCGACGUCCGCGGGCCGCAGCGGAGAGAACGCACACGCUUUCGAGCGCAGGUUGACUCCGCGUUGCCCGGGUAGCCAUGGGGAAAGCCCGGCGGCGGUCGGCCGCUCGUCCUCGGACCAAGGCCCCGCAGGAGGAGCGGAUGGAGGAGCCGGAGCCUGGGGAGCUGCGAGUCACGGAGGAGGCGGACGAUUUCCACGAGCGGCGGGUGGAGGAGGCUUUGGCGGCGCUGGGCAGCGAGGAAGAGGAGAGCGAGGAGGAGGUGGAGGAGGUGCUGGGCCUGGAGCUCAGCGAGGACGAUGGAGGCGAGAAAGAGGAGGAGGACGGCAUGGACGAGCCUUUGGAUAUGGACAGUGAUCUGGAAGAGCAGCGGGGCGGUGGGAGCUCUGGCCUCCCCCAUGAGGCUGCCUGGGGUCAGCGCAAGAAGAUCUAUUAUGGCACGGACUACGGCCAGCCCGUCGCUGGUCCCAAGGCGACCAAGAAGAGCAAGGAAGAAGUGGAAGCUGAAGAGCAGGAGGAAGAAGAGGAGGCCAAGGCCAUCCAGAAGAGGCUAGCUCACAAUCUGGGUGAGGACGACUUCCUCCUGGAUAUUCUGCAGGCCUACGCUCCGAGAGACGAGCAGCCGAGCGAAAAAGAGUCCAGGCGCAAAAUUGCCAAGGACUUGCAGUCUCUUUCUAAGAAAGAGCAGCUGAAGUUGUUGAAAAAGGAAUCUCCGGAGCUGCUGGAGCUGAUUCAGGACUUUGAAGCGAAGUUGGUAGAGCUCCGAGAUGAGCUGGAGCCGCUCAUGCAAAUGGUAAGAGAUGGGGUUGUCCCGCAAGGGAGAGGGAGCCAGUACCUGCAGACCAAAUACCAUCUCUACUUGAACUAUUGUUGCAACAUCAGCUUUUACUUGGUGCUGAAAGCCAAAAGGAUUCCAGUCCAUGGCCACCCGGUCAUUGAAAGACUUGUCACUUACAGAAACUUAAUCAAUGACUUAGACACUGUGGACCAAAAAUUGUCACCUGAAGUGCGGCUGCUUCUUAAAGAAUUCCAUAGUAGUGGUGGAGUGGAAGUGAUGAAGAAAUCCGUGGGAUGUCUUAGAAAGUCUGUUAACAAAACGAAACCCAGAGCUGCUCGUAAGGUUUCUAGUGGUGACCUUGCUGAAGAAGCUUCAGAGGAUUCAGAUUUCAAUGAGGAGGCUGCCCUGAAUUAUUAUAAGGAGAUGGAAGAAAAGAUAAAAUCUAAGAAAAAGAGGAAACAAGUGGAAACAGAAGAAGAGGAAAAACCGCUUGUGGAGGAGGAAGUACCAGAUCAAAAGAGAGGAGCGACGUACCAGAUUAUCAAGAAUAAAGGCCUCACGCCCAAAAGGAAAAAGAUUGAUCGUAACCCAAGGGUCAAGCAUCGUGAGAAAUUCAGGCGAGCCAAGAUUCGCAGGAAGGGGCAAGUUCGUGAGGUCCGGAGAGAAGAACAAAGAUAUGGAGGCGAACUGUCUGGCAUUCGUGCUGGUGUUAAGAAGAGUAUUAAGCUUAAGUGAUUUCCUUUGCAUAUAUAUAUAUUUUUUAUCACGUUGAAGACAAUCAGUGUGAUGUCAAUAAAUAUGCUAUUUUGGGGGAAAAGAAA